CGGGCGGUGCAGUGUGCGCUUAGCCUCAGUGAGGUGAACUAGAAUUUAAAAAAAACAUAUAAAAAAAAUGUAUAAAACCUCCGCGACAUAUCACAAUGCCUCAGUUGUUUUUCGUAUUUACAACCGAGCGGGUUGAUUGUUAAAAAAACAACUAAUUAUUUAUAGUACUAAAAGUAAACAAUAAUAAUUUAAUAAUAAAUUAAUUAAAUAUAAAAACAAUAGCAAGAAAAUAGUAGAUCUGUUGAAUGCAUUUCUAUUAAUUAAAUUAUAUUUAAAUAAUAACAAUAUUUUUAUGCAAUUUAUAUUAAUUUAAUAAAAUAAAAUAAUUUGUAAUAAAUUAAAAUAAAAAAUGUGGGUGUGUGCAGUGAUUUUAUUAGCAGCUACAACGGGUUUCAGCAACGGGGACGACUGGUCGUAUGAAUAUGAAACGCGAUGGCCGGGCGCGUGCACGACUGGCGCCCAGCAGUCGCCCAUCAACAUAAUGUCGCGCAGCGCCAUCGUCGACAAGCUGGACGCGCACAUCCAGGGGCCGCUGGUCUUCCGCGGGUACAGCAACGUCAAUGCAUCGGCUGCCAACGACGGACACACGUUGAAAUGGACGAUAGAGGAAGACGAAAUACCUCCAGUAGUGUCGGGCGGUCCCCUCAGAGGAAACUACAGCUUCGUACAGUUCCAUCUCCACUGGCUCUCGGAACAUGCUAUUGAUGGCAUGAAAUAUCCGAUGGAAAUACAUUUGGUGCACGUGAAGACUGGUCUCACUAUAGAAGAGGCGGUGGAACGCCCUGAUGGCCUGGCCGUUGUUGGUAUACUCGCCGAGGUCCAUAGUACGUCAGAAGAGAAUGAGUUUGCACUUGGGGAGUUGGAGCCAGCUUUGCCGUACCUUCUAACAAGACAUGAAGGAUCAUAUCCAGCUUCCGUUAUUGAUCUCUCACGGAUGUUCAGUUCAAAUAUGCAGUCCUUCUACACGUACCACGGAUCUCUAACAACGCCCAAUUGUCAAGAGGUGGUCACGUGGAUCCUCAUGGACAGACCAAUCAAAAUGACAGAUACGCAGUUCAAACUCUUCAGUAAAGUCGACGUGGGCGGCAUCAACAACUACAGAAGCCUGCAGCCAGUCAACCGUGUGAUCCACAGAAGCAGGGAGUCCAGUGCGACGGUCGCCAUUCCCAGCGCCUUCGGCUUGCUGGCAGCAGUCUUGAACCUCUCCUCAUCUGUGACUGGUGUGAUGAGCAAAGGGAUGUGCACUCUUGUCAAUAUCAAGAAGAGAUUCUUCGGCAAGGGGGUUAAAGACUGCUCGGUUGCUGAAGCGUUGAAAAAUAAAUCUCCCUAAUUUUUACUGGACUUGUUUAUAAAUCAGAGGUAGUGCUUUCUCAUUUGUGUAAAUUAAGUGAUCGUUUCUGUACUGCGUUAUUAGUAUUGUUAAAUUAUGUAACUCCUGUUCUUUGUUUUGUAGAAACAGAUUAAGCAUUUAUUCUUUUUUUAUUACGCUUAGACUGCAUUUUCAAUAAUUAUCACAUUUCAUUAUAUCAUACUUUUCAUAUAAUUUUUUCAUGGUCAGAAUUUUAUUGUGAUACUCGUAAACUUCGUACCCAAUAGUAGGGUAUAUUGCCCCAUACAUAGAAUAUCAAUAAGAUAAUAAUGAUUUUAUUAUUAAACAUAUUUUGUAAAUAAAUGCUGUCCCAUCGCUAUAAAAUAAUUAGAUAAGUAAUUAUAUUUUUUUGCUCAAAUGUUGAAUUGCAUAAGAAAUAGGUGUAUAGUUUUUUUUAGGAGUUUUUGUUUGAUAGUAAUUAGCCAGUAUGUAUUUUUAUGAACGAUUAUCAUUACAUAUUUUUCUAUUUGAAAAAUAUAGUCCGUGAGUCGGUCCAAAGUUUUUCAAAAUUCUGUUUUUGUUUUCGUUUUUGAAUUAAAUUUUACAAUCGAUUUGUGCGAUUCUUUCUUGCUUUGAAAGAACUACUCUCGAAUUGAUUUUUUAUUUUCAUCAGUUAGAGUAGUUUUUUUAGGAAUGCAUUCAAAGGCUUCAUCCAUUUUUAUUCGAUACUUACUUCCGAAUUAAAUUGUAUAUCACCUUUAAUCAUUUACAAUAUUAUUAUCUUUUAAGCUCUAUUUAUAUAUUAUAUAUUUUAAAUUCCAUAAUGCAUUUAUACAUAUUAAAAUCAUCAUUUAAUUAGGUAACUGUUUUAAGUUGCUGAAUAUUGAGAAAAUUAAAUAGUUUCUCUUAUUUUGUGUAAGAAAUGAAUGAGUUCGUAAAUAGUUUUCGUUUGAUAAGUAUAACUAAUAAAGAUAUAAUACACCUAAUUAUAAGCCUUAAUGUCAUUAUGAAUUCAUUUAUUUCCAGUCUUCACAGUAAUGUAUUCGUAAUGGAUAUUUGACCUAGCCGGCGAAUUUUCUAUCGUCUCUUUUUUGAAUAAAUGAAUUUAACGUGCUGAAAAUUAUGUAAAUAGUUAAGUAAUUAAUUGGUAAUAGAGUACAAAACUAGUCAAAAUUGCAACACAAACAGACCGAAACGCACAUUUUUUGCUAAUAAUAAAUUAUGUUUUUCAAAUACCAAUAAUAAUAUUGUUGUCUAUGACAAGAGUUUUAAAUUAUUUACAAGUAUUAAACAUUAUUGAAUACUUGAAUUAUUGAAAAAAAAAAUGUACAAAAAUUCAAUUCAUCAAGUAACGCUAAUGAAAUUAACUAAGUUAAUAGAAUGUUAUGUAUGUAUAUUGUAAAGUGAUAAGGGAAAAUAGUAGUAGGUAUUAACAAAAAACUGUAGUAGCGAUUAGCGGCUGUGAAAAGAAAAGUAAAUUAAAAAAAAUAUCCAUGAAAUUAUAAUCAUAUGAAAGUUGUAAAUUAAAUUUUUAGUUAUAUAUUGUAUUAUUAUUAAUUUGCGUGUAGAUAUUUUUGUCAUUUUGUGUUAUUUAUUAGUAUUAAGUUCCUUACGAUAUAAACAACUUUACAAAAAAUAGGUUUUAAAAAAAUGGUUCAAUACAAAAUUCCCAAUUUA